AUGAGCAGCGAAAUCAGAUACAGAGCCAGACGAUCAUCUAGCAAUAAGAGAAAGGUGUCCGAUUUUCUCAAAAUAACUGAAAAAAGGUCAAGAAAUGGCUGUUUGAACUGCAGGAAGAGAAGGAAGAAAUGCGACGAAGUAAAACCGGUGUGUACGGCGUGCAAGAGGAAUUUCCUGCAAUGUGUCUGGCCCGAAGGCGGUAUGCCUGUUGAGAAGAUUUCAUCAAGCGCUAGAAGAUACAACCCGAUCUCUUUCUCUAAUCUUACAAUUCAUGACUUGAAUGACAUUUAUUCUUGCAGCAGCACUGUAAAUGUAUCACUGGGAAAUGAUUUCACUAAAGUACGAAAGAGAGCCGAUGCUUUCAUAACUUUGAGUGUCAAAAACGGCAUACUUGAACUAAGGAACAAUGGUAAAAAGUAUAUGGAAACUUGCGAUUUCCCAACAGCAGAACAGUUAUGCGGUUUUGAAGAUGAUUUAUCAAAGAGUACAGAUUUACAAAAUAGAGUAUCCAUUGAGGCGGAAGACAGAUUGGUUCCAAACAUGGUUGAUAAUCUAGAAUAUAAAGAAUACUUCGAUUUGCAGUUGAAACCAAGUAAAAUCUUCGGUGAACCAAAUUUCGCAUUUAAUUGGUUCACAAGAUAUGAUAAUUUGGAAGAGUUAGUCAACCAUGGUAUAGGCUGCGGGGAGAAUCGCUCAUUGGAUGAAGGAAUUAUUACUGCGGUCAAUAAUAUGAACAAAGAACGCAACCACAGAGACAAAGUGGGAAGGAGGGUUAAUUAUGACUAUUUGUAUGAUGAGCAGGAUCCGCUUGCGAGAAAAUACAAUGAUGUAAUGAACCAAUUUGAUCAAGGCGAUUAUUCAAUUCUUAGGCAGACCAGCACAGAUGAAGAUUUUCUAAUAUAUGCCUGCGUUCAUAGAUGGCUGCCGAAAAUGGGACCACAAGAUACACAUCCAUUAUUGACAACAGCUGCCACAUUUACAUCACACUUUUUAAGUAAUUAUGUUGUAAAAGAGGUGUUUUUGUGCUGUGGCGCAACUUAUCUGGAAUGGUACCAGUACGACCUUUUCAACGAGUUAUCGAAUAAACUAUACAAGAGUUCACUCGCUCUAAUUGACAAAUAUCUAAAUGAGAAUGCAUUUCAUGGUACUGAGGCCUGGCUUUUAGCCUCGUAUCAAUUGCUAUGUCUGAGGAAUAAAACAACUUCAAGCUCAACUGUAGAUGAUUGUGUCUAUUGUCUAAGCAACUCUUAUCGCAUCAUUAAAGCGACAUAUUAUGUUUCAGAUAAUGUAAUGACAGAUCAGGCACGAGACAACAGCAAUAGUUCCAAAUUUUUUUAUCAACAAACAACCAAACAAGUUCAUGAACUGACGUACGAAAUUGAAAACCAAGUUUUAGAGAUUGAAGAACAGAUUGAUAAUGUGAAAAAUCAUUUGGUGUUGCAAGCUCACGAAAGGAUGUUUAUCGAAAGUUUCAUCUACAAUUACUCGGUUGCCAUACUCUGGUCAUCGGACACUAGCAAAUUACCCAAUCCUUUCACUUUUUUCAAAGAAAUAAAUCAUUUGCUGAGAUGUCCUAUAUAUCAUUGCAAGGCUCAAUGGAUGAAUAACCCAAUAUUGGGAGCCGCAUCCGAUGGAUUCGAAAUUCUUGCAAAAGUUUCUUACCUUACCAGGUUAUCCAUGCCUUUGCCACGUGACAGCAUCUGGAUUAAAAGAUGCCAGCAAUUGCUAAAAAUGUCAAAGUUUUAUACAUCACCAAUAAUUUUACCAAGAGCUACCGAAGAGGAUCCAAGAAUGAACGAAAGUUGUGUAUUAAACAUAUACGUUGGCAAAAUAAUUGCAAAACUUUGUUACCUAUUGCUGUGCAAAAUCAUGAGAUAUGAAACGUAUCGCAUAAAUGAGGCUCAACCAAUAGUUGACGAAAUAAUAGAAAUAAUGGAAAAAAUACCUGAAAAAAACUUGAUGUGGGGCAUAUUAUUGUGGCCUAUAAUAAUAUGUGGGAUAUUUGUCAUUAACCCUAUCCAUCAAUUAAAAAUAUUAAAGUAUCUAAGCAAUAUUGGCGAAUUGUUGCAUAAAUCAUCAAUUUUGAAUUCAAAUCUAUUUUUAAAAAACAUCUGGUCUACGGAAAAUGGAGACGAAAGGUUAAACGUCAUAUUUGAUAAGAAGAAGCUAAUGAAAGUUAAUCCAUAA